AUGGUUGUAAAUCACCAGGGCACCAUGCAGCGUUUGCUUGUGCUGCUUGUUGCGCUGGCUUGCUCGGUGGUAGGCGUAGUGGCCAUCGUACCUGGCAAGGCCUUUGACCGCUUCAUCACCAUUUGGCUUGAGAACCAGGACUAUGAUAAAGUUGCAAUUGAUGCCACUUUUAAGGAUCUCAAAAGACAUGGCAUAUUCCUUACGCGUUACUACGCGCAGACGCAUCCCAGUCAGCCCAACUACAUCGCUGCUAUCAGCGGCGACUACUAUGGUUUGAAUCACGACGAUAUGGUGCGCAUACCAUCCAAUGUUGCCACAGUUGUUGAUCUGCUCGAGUCCAAGAACAUCUCAUGGGCUGGCUAUUUUGAGGACAUGCCUGGCCCUGGCUACAUGGGCAAUGCCAGCGAUGGCUCAACUGGUAAUGGCGCCUGGGACUACGUGAGAAAACACAACCCCUUUGUCUCAUUCGACAGCAUCACCAAUGAAGGCGAGCGCCUUCUGAACUUGGACUCGUUUGAUGUGUUCCAGCGGGCCUUCAAGGCUCGGCAGGUCCCCCAGUUUGUUUUCAUGUCACCCAACAUGAUGAACGAUGGCCACAAUACAACCCUCGAGUUCGCGACACAAUGGUCGCACAAGUUCCUUGAGCCUCUUUUGGCCGAUAACGCCUUCGACGAGCGCACCCUAAUUAUGCUCACAUACGACGAAUCAGAGGAUUACAGCAAGCCGAACCACAUAGCUACCUUGCUCUUGGGCAGCGCCAUCCCGCCCAAGUUGAAGGGCACCACGGACGAUACCUUUUAUACCCACUACAGCAUCCUGUCUACGAUCGAAGCCAACUGGAAGCUCCCUCAUCUGGGCCGCUACGACGUCGGAGCCAACGUCUUCCAGUUUGUUGCCGACUGGACAGGCUAUACAGGCAACCGGGACCCUCCUAACGCUGCGUCGGUCAACAACUCCCUCUCCUACCCAGGGGCUCUCAAUAAUGAUACCAUGAAGGUGAUUGGGAUCCCUCCUCCCAAUACUAAGCUCAUCGGCGCUAGUGGGCUCGGAAUUCUCGAUCAAAUCAGAGCUGAGUGGUCAAUUGCCGCGACCUGGAAGACACCUUAUGACGGGAGCGGCAAGGUCUUUGACGGAGACAAGAACCUGCCUGUUUAUGCAGCGCCGGCACCAAAUCACCAGUUAUAA